GAGACUGAGCCCCACAUGAGACUCUGCACCAUCAGUGCUUGGGAUUCUCUCUCUCCUCUCUUUCUCUCUGCUACGCUUAUACAUGUGCACGCUCUCAUCCCCUCUCUCUCAAAUAAAUCAACUUGAAAAAAAAGUGGAAAGCUGAGUUAUGCAAGAGAACUUUGGGUGGCAAAAUGGAGAAAGGAACAAUGUAGUGAAGCAAAAGCUAUUCAUUUUUUCACUUACAUAUUCAACGAAUAGCCAUAUAUUUAAAACUAUCUAUGAAUGUUAGGCUAAGCACAGGAGACACCGAUACAAAAGUGAAGAUCCAGCUCCUGAUCUCUUUAGGCGACAUGGACAGUCAAGCAAGUAUAAUGUGACAAGCAAAGUAAUUGGAUAUUAACAGGAACACAGAAGAGGCAUAACUAUUAGAAUAAAACCCCACCUUCCUCUUUUAUUAACAAACGGAGCUCACUCUAAGUCCCAGGGAAAGCAAGGGCCAUUUUAUGGUCAAUCGGAAAACCCUCCUCUCCUCCAAUCACCGUCAAAUUUACAGGGCAAUAAAUCAAUCCUAGCAGAAGCUGGCUACAUCAACCUAGUCACCUUUGCUCAGUGCUCCUCAAGAACCACCAAGGGAUAGACAUAGCAAAUAAAGGGAUACGGCUAUGAGGUGAGUACUUUUCUCCAUGCAUGUGGUGUUUUGAGUAGUGUUCCUUUUUUAUUUUAAAUGUCCCUGUCUCCUCUGCAAAAUGAUCUGAACAACUCACACUUUUCUUUUGGACCUGAUAUUUUCUUCCUUUUCCAGAGACCAUGAGGAGUGGGAAUGAGAUAGUGCAUGAAGUCACAGGCUGACUGGAGAGAUUGUGUGUGUGUGUGUGUGUGUGUGUGUGUGUGUGUGUGUAACAGACAGGGAGGGUUGAAUCCAAGAUGUUCCUCUCUCACUGGGAGAAAACUCUCACUGGGAGCUUCCUUCUGGAAGUUGUCUAAAAGUGCCAUGGAUUAGAAAUACAAUGAAUGCAUCUCUUUGGGCAGGGAGGGAAAUGGUAUACAAUCAUUAAGGUUUUUAAUCAUAAUCUGGAUUUUAAUUAUUCUAAAAUUCUGUUUGAUGAAAAGUGGCUCUGGGUAGGGAGGGUUUCUGAGUAGGAAAGACUUUCUACCUUUUGGAAUCCCCACCUACCCACUUGCUGGCAGGAUGGCAGUAGUCCCUGAGGCAGGAAAAUGCCUAGGGUUGUCCUCUGAGGAUCCUGAACUUCCAGAGCCUGUUCCCCUGGGAGGUGUUGAGCCUGCUCCCCUGGGAGGAUUCAGAAGCUGUGGAAGAGGCAUGUGCCUUGGGUUUGUAGAGGCUGGGAAGCAAAGUUUCCUCAUGGAGAGACACAGUGCUUGGAGAAGGGAAGCUGAGUGACAGAUAGAGUGUUUGCUGUGGUAGUGAGUCAUGGGCUCUGUGUAUAAGAAACAAAGUCAUGUACUGUGAGCACAUGGGGUGGGUCUCUCAGACUUCUUUCACUGCCUGAAAUUUCACCAUUGGAGAUCCAGCCUCUAGAUCUGUAAGCUCUACAGUCCAGGAGACAUUGUGGAGAGAGUGAGAACACUCAAGGACUGGUUUAAGAAGCAGAGCCUCAGUGUUUGCCUCAGUUACACCACUAACCAUGGUUAGGCACAAUUCCUUAACAUUGACAUAAAAUGGGCAUCAUGUUGCCUGCCUGGUCAACUUCAAUGUAGGGGUAUCAUGGGAAUAUAAUAACAAGAUAUAUAUCUUACAGGGAUUAGAGUAAACCUUUGAAGAGUUUAGAGGAGAGAUACCUAAUAGAUUUAGGCUAAUAUGAAAAGAUAGUUAAUAAACUCUACCUUCAAUCCCAAGCCUCAAUCCUAACUCCCUGCAACCCGUGGCAAAUUAUUUGUAGAUCCUUGCUCCUUACCUCCAUUUCAAAAUUAAGGUGUUUUUUUGCUUGUCUUUUUACACAUUAACCAAAGCCUGUCUCAAUUAAAAAAAUGAAGCUAUACAGGUAUGAAAAUACUUACAGAAAUGGCCAUGGCAUUGGGCCAGGGCUGAGAAGAACAGGGGUACAGGGAAAUGCAAAGUUAAAAGAGAGGUGAAGUUUAAAAAAAGUAAGAAAGUCUGUUCACCUGGAUUUAUAGAUUAUUACUACACAGUUGUUGGUUUGGUAUAGCUGGAACAUAGGGGAGAGAAGAGGCAGGGCGGCGGGCAUAGGAGAUGUCAUGAAGACUUGUGAAUACAAAGCUAAAGCAUUUAUAUUUUAUUUGGGAAACCACUGAGGACUUGAAUAGAGGAAAACUAAAUGACCCCAUUUGUGCAGAAGAAAGAGCAAUCCAUCUGCAGAGAGGAAGCAGAGAGCCGGGAGGAAGCUGUGGUCACAGUUCAGGCCAGAAAUGAUGGCCUGACUAAAGCAUUUCCAGUAGGGAUGGAGAGGAAGAAAUAGAUUUGAAAGAUAUUGGGAAAGGAGUCUGACUGAACUGGUGACUGGCUGGAAGGACUAAAAAAAAAAAAAAGAGGAGUCAAAAAAUUUACUUAGGUUUUUGACAAAAUUGUGAUUCUGUUCUUCAAGAUAUUAAUCAUGUUAGGAGAGGCCAACUGGGCAGAAUUGGCAUAGGCUGGGACUGGGGUGUGGGGAGAGAUGAGUGCAGGUUUAAGCAUGCUGAAUUUGGUGAAGUGUGUGGGGCAUCCAGGUGAAACAUCUAAUAGGCGGUUGCACACAUGAAUCUGAAUCUCUGAGCUAGAAAUACAGAUUACAUUGUCCUCUGUCAUAUGAAGUCAUGAGUCGUGGAGCUUGCUAAAGGAGAAAGGAUAGUGGACCUAUGUUGAAAAUGUGGGACAUAUCAAUAGUUAAUGAAGCAAGGGACUAAAAGGAAAUUGAAGAGGAACCAGAAACAUGGGUGAAAACCAAGAUUGAAUGAUAAUCAAAAAAUCCAACCAUGGAGAAAUUCAAAGAGGAGGAAGUGGUUGAUAGUGCUGAAUGUUUAAGAGAGUGCCCAUUGUAUUCAGCAGCUAAAUCCCUGGUGACCUUGACAGGAGGAGUUUCCUUGGAAUACAGGAAACAGACAACAUGCCAGUAUUAUAUGAGGAAACUAAUACAGGCAGGGUGGAAUUAUCUUUUUGGAAAGUUAUUUGUGGAAGGAAAAAGAAAGUUAUGAUGGUACCUAGAGAAGAACACAGAAUCAUCACCAGAGUUUAGGGCGACUUGGGAUAUACUUUUGAGGGGGAAAGAACACAUUCAGAGGGAAAGGUUGAUAAUUCAAGAAAGAGGAAGGAUAAUUGGUGUAAUAAGAUUUUUGAGAAAUUCAUAGUGUGUGAGAUCUAUAGGAUAGAUACAAGGGUUAUGCUUAGACAAGAGGAUGGAAAACUCUUCCACUGAGAAGAGGGGAAAGGAUAAGAAUUUAUCUAGAUGUAGAUAAUUUUUAUAGAAAAGCUUGGGUUGAGAAGCAGGGAGACGAAAUAGUUUCUGUAAACUAGUUGUUUUGUUUGUGAUGUUGGAGAUGAUUGAACUGAGAGUAGCAAACAGCAUAGGUGACAAAGGUUGGAGCUUGAAAACAAGGAUCAAUAUUUGAAAUUUCCCCUAAGAGAAAUGAGAGAAAGUGGCAAGAUUGUCAGUCAGCAUGAAGGUUCAGCAUAUUUGUCAGAUUAUGAAGCCAGUGGCAUCUACAUUGGGCUGAGUGCAUAAACCCAGAAGGGAGAAGUUUGGAUCAAUGGCUUCAUUGUAUAGAUUCAGUUAGCAGAUAAGGGAGCAAGGAAGAUGUGGGAAAUAAUAGCUAUUGAGGCCUCCAUCGGGGAAAGAUGGUAGCCAGGUGGGACUAAGAAAUUAAGAGGGAAGGGAACACAACAGAAGCCUCAAUGUGAUCAAAGAAUAAGGAAACAGUGUAAUGAGAAGGUAAAAGAGCAUGAGCUUCUGCCCAGGAAAUAGGAAGUACAGGCUAAGAGUUCAGAAGGGGACCAAUUCUGAGGGGUGAUAAGUUCCAGGGAAUAGCCAAUAUGCAGGGGUAGUAAGAAGCGUAGUGAUGGUAAAGAGUCAGCCAAGGAAUGGCAUGGUGAAGGCUGUCAUGGAAUUGUGAGGCAUAGAUAUAAUUUGAGGUUUACUAUAAUUAGAGCAGAAGAAUGAGAGUAACUCCAGAAUCUGACUUCAUUUUGUAGAUGGAGAAAUGCACAUCCAAAUAGCUAAAAUACCCAUCUGUUGGUAUGCAAGCCAGGACAAGAAUUGAACUUCUUUGGUUCCCAGUUUAUUACACACUCUAAUACACCAAAUAUUUUAAAACAUGGGUCUAUGCAUGAUCAACAGGGCUACUGUGAGCCACCAAAUUUAUAUGGGCUUGUGUGCUGUGAUCAUGCAAACAAGCAUUGUGCUGGAGAUCAGAAUUAGGUUCAUUUUUGUUGCAAGAGUCUUAACAGGUUUAGUCACUUCUGAACAAUUAAACUCCUUACCAUCAUGGUAUAAGAAGUGGAAUAAGAUGACUAGAAUUCAGGUUUUCUUACUUUUUCCCUCCCUGAGUGUACCCUCUUCUCUACUGCCCAGGAUAGGUGUGAGGAUCAAAGUGGCAUCUAGAAGGGCUUUGUGAGCCACCUUAAACCCUCAUCUCUCUCCUCUACUCCAUUCCACUCCUCCCUUCCUCCAGUUCUUUAUGUCUGAUAUAUUCUUUCCUUGGACAAUACUCAAUCCCUCUGCAGACAAAAAAGACAGGAGGCUUAGAGGUGUUAGACGCACAGACUAGAGUUCAUUGUAAACACUGUAAUGGAUGGAAACCAAUAUUCUCUUGAUUAUAUAAAGAGGAAUGCUUAUAAUCAAGUCAUCUUGCAAAUAAGUUCACAUUCUAAUCAUGAUGCCUAUCUUUUGGAUUGAUGGGGUUUGUGGUUUGCUUAAAUGCUAUUAUCUGUGUCCAUCUAGAUGGCAAGGAAUCUGAGUGUGUUGGAAGUCCUUCUGAUCAUCUUCUUCCUAACUAUACUCGCCUUAGAUAUCUUCUUGAUGCUUUUGGUGUUGGGAAAUCCUUCAGGUCGUUCAUUUGUUCCAGAGUGCCCAGAUAUCCCCGAAUCAGAGAGGAUAGACUGUGUUCCUGGGCAUGUGGUGACAGAGAAUGUCUGCAGAUGGGUAUAUAAAUGCUGCUGGAAGCCUGUGACACAUACAGGUGCCCCGAGGUGCUUCUUCCCUAGGAACUGGGGCUAUAAAGUUGGCAAGAGACAGAAUGAUACAACAGGGUUUACCGCCAAGUUGAAAAGGCUACCUACCCCAUCUCUGUUUGGAUAUGACGUCCCUGACGCCCUCUUCGCGGCUGACUAUCAGACAUCCAAUCGUUUUCAUUUUAAGAUCACUGAUAUGGAUAGCAAACGCUAUGAAGUCACCCUUGAAAAUAUUGACUUGCUUGAUAGGACUCCUAAGACCUCUAAUUUGAACUAUCACGUAGAGGUCAUUAAUGAGCCCUUCAGCUUCAAGAUCAUACGCACCAGCAACAAAAGAAUCUUGUUGGACACGAGCAUCGGGCCCCUGCAGUUCGCCCAUCAGUACCUGCAGCUGUCUUUCCGACUGCCCAGCACCUCCGUGUAUGGGCUGGGAGAACACGUGCAUCAGCAGUACCUCCACAACCUGACCUGGAAGACCUGGCCCAUCUUCACUCGGGAUGCCACCCCCACCAAGGGCAUGAUUAAUCUGUAUGGAGCUCAUACAUUCUUCCUGUGCCUCGAAGACACCAGCGGCUCCUCUUUUGGGGUGUUUCUGUUGAACAGUAAUGCCAUGGAGGUCAUCCUUCAGCCUGCUCCUGCAAUCACUUACCGCACGAUUGGGGGCAUCCUUGACUUUUAUGUAUUCCUGGGAAAUACUCCAGAACAAGUGGUUCAGGAAUAUCUGGAGCUCAUUGGACGACCAUUCUUGCCUCCCUACUGGAGUCUUGGGUUCCAGCUUAGUCGCAGGAACUAUGGCGGCAUCAAUGGAUUGAGGAAGGUUGUGGACCGAAAUCGUGGAGCUGGGAUCCCAUAUGAUGUCCAGUACUCUGACAUAGACUACAUGGAAGGGGGAAAGGAUUUCACGAUUGAUAAAGAGGCUUUCCCUCGUCUCGAAGAUUUUGCCAAAGACUUGCAUGGCCAAGGAAUGAAAUAUGUAAUCAUGAUGCAUCCUGGAAUAUUAAAUAACUCUAACUACCAGCCCUAUGAGACUGGAAGUAAGAAGAGAGUAUGGAUCUGGCAGGACAAUGAAUUUGCCAUUGGACAGGGAUAUCCCGGAUUGACGGUCUUUCCUGAUUUUAGCAAUCCAGUUUGUAUUGAGUGGUGGAGAGAGCAGAUCAGUGAAUUUCAUAAAACUCUCGAGUUUGAUGGAGUGUGGAUUGAAAUGGAUGAAGUAUCCAGUUUUCACCACGGGUCCAAUCGUGGGUGUGAGUCAAACCACUUGAAUGUUCCUCCUUUCACUCCCAGAGUUCUGGACGGCUUCCUUUCUGCAAGAACCCUCUGCAUGGAUGCAGAAUUUCAUCAGGGCCUUCACUAUGAUGUCCACAGCUUGUAUGGCUACUCCAUGGCAAAAGCUACACACUUGGCCAUGGAGGGUAUCCCCUUGAACAAAAGUAGCUUCAUCUUAUCCCGUUCUACUUUUGCUGGGUCUGGCAAGUUUGCUGCUCAUUGGUUGGGAGACAAUGCAGCCACAUGGGAUGAUCUCCGAUGGUCCAUCCCUAGUAUCCUUGAGUUCAACCUAUUUGGUAUCCCCAUGGUAGGUGCCAACAUCUGUGGUUAUACAAAAAAUGUCACAGAGGAGCUCUGCAGAAGGUGGAUGCAGCUUGGAGCCUUUUAUCCACUAUCAAGGAAUCAUAAUGGGCCUGAGUUUGUGGAUCAGGAUCCCGUUGCCUUUGGCAGCCACUCUCUGCUGGUGAAUUCCUCCAAACAUUAUCUGAACAUCCGCUACACUCUACUCCCCUAUCUCUACACCCUUUUCUACCGAGCUCACACCCGGGGAGACACCGUGGCAAGGCCCCUUGUCCAUGAGUUCUACCAGGACCCAGCUACAUGGGAGGUGCACGAGCAGUUCUUAUGGGGGCCUGGACUUCUCAUCACACCUGUUUUAUAUGAGGGUGUGGACCAAGUGAAGGCAUACAUACCGGAUGCCGUGUGGUACGACUAUGAGACAGGAGUAGCUAUCCAGUGGAGGAAACAACUGGUAGAGAUGCAGCUACCACCCGAUAGGAUUGGACUUCACCUCCGUGGGGGCUUCAUAUUUCCCACCCAGCAGCCCAGCACAACCACAGAGGCCAGUCGGAAGAAUCCCCUGGGACUCAUUGUUGCCUUGGACUAUAAGAGAGAAGCGAAGGGAGAGCUGUACUGGGAUAAUGGUGAAUUCAAAGAUGAAAAGUAUAUUCUGUAUGAUUUUUCUGUCACCUCUAACCAUCUACAGGCAAAGGUUAUAAAUAAUAACUAUACGGACCCCAACAACCUCACGUUUACAGAUAUCAUAAUCUUGGGAAUGGACAAGCAACCUAUGAAUUUCACUGUUUCAUUGAAGAAUUCUUACAGGUCCAUUUUAAAUGUUACCUACAAUGGUUCAUCAAAGGUGGUGAAGAUUACUGAUCUCAAGGGACUGGUACUUGGACAAGAAUUCUCCAUUAAAUGGGAACUUCCAGUCAGUGACCUGGAGAAAUUCAACUGCUACCCUGAUGAGCCCCCCCUCACUCUGGAGCAUUGCAGGAAGCGGGGCUGCCUCUGGGAGGACACAACUGUUCCUGGUGUGCCUACCUGUUACUAUGACACCAUCCCUAAUUAUGCUGCCAGUAACAUUCAGUACCUGCCCACGGGCAUCACCACAGACCUCACCCACCUGAUGACCCCUGAAUCAACUCGAGCAGCCACUGCUGCUGGUUCUCUUUCUGCAACGAUCAGCUUCCUCCGCCUGAGUGUCAUCUACCACACAGAAAACAUGCUGCAGUUCAAGAUCUUUGAUGCCACUAACAAAAGGUACGAGGUGCCAGUGCCUCUGAACACGCCUCCCUCUCCUGUUGGCUCCCCUGAAAACCGUCUGUAUGAUGUCAGGAUUCAGAACAAUCCUUUUGGGAUCCAGAUUCGACGAAAAAGCUCCAACACUGUGAUUUGGGACUCUCAGCUCCCCGGCUUUACUUUCAAUGACACGUUCCUCUCCAUUUCGACUCGCCUCCCCUCUCAGUACCUCUACGGCUUUGGGGAGACUGAGCACACAGCUUUCAGGAGAAAUAUGAGCUGGAACAUGUGGGGAAUGUUCGCUCGUGAUGAGCCACCCGCGUACAAGAAGAAUUCCUAUGGCGUCCACCCCUACUACAUGGCACUGGAGCAGGAUGGCAGUGCCCAUGGGGUGCUCCUGCUAAACAGCAACGCCAUGGAUGUGUCAUUCCAGCCCACUCCUGCCCUGACAUACCGCACCACAGGAGGGAUUUUGGACUUUUAUAUGGUUUUGGGGCCAACCCCCGAGCUUGUAACUCAACAGUACACUGAGUUGAUUGGUCGGCCAGCAAUGACUCCAUACUGGGCCUUGGGAUUCCAGCUAAGUCGUUAUGGAUACGAGAAUGAUAAGGAGAUCUCCCAAUUGUAUGAGGAAAUGAUGGCGGCCCAGAUUCCCUAUGAUGUCCAGCAUGUAGACAUCGAUUACAUGGACCGGAAGCUGGACUUCACUCUCAGCCCCAGCUUCCAAAACCUCGGUCUCUUGAUUGACCAAAUGAAGAAAAAUGGCAUGAGAUUCGUUCUCAUUCUGGACCCAGCCAUUUCUGGCAACGAGACCCAUUAUCCCACAUUCAAGAGAGGGCAGGAAAACAACGUAUUCAUCAAGUGGCCUGAUAACAAUGAAAUCGUCUGGGGAAAGGUUUGGCCAGAUUUGCCCAAUGUGAAUGUGGAUGCCACCCUUGACCAUGAAACUCAGGUUAAGCUGUACAGAGCCUACGUUGCUUUUCCUGACUUCUUACGUGAUAGCACAGCUGCAUGGUGGAAGAAGGAAAUACAGGAGCUCUAUGUGAACCCUCAAGAGCCAAAGAAGAGCUUGAAGUUUGAUGGAUUGUGGAUUGACAUGAAUGAGCCAUCAAACUUUGUGGAUGGAUCUGUCAGGGGCUGCAGUGAUAAAAGUCUUAACAAGCCACCCUAUAUGCCAUAUUUGGAGUCCAGGGACAUGGGCCUUAGCAGCAAGACCCUGUGCAUGGAGAGUCAGCAGAUCCUGCCAGACGGCUCACGGGUGCGACACUAUGAUGUGCACAGCCUGUACGGAUGGGCCCAGACCAGACCCACCUACGAAGCCGUGCAGGCCGUGACAGGACAGCGAGGGGUCGUCAUCACCCGCUCCACGUUCCCUUCUUCUGGCCGCUGGGGAGGUCACUGGCUGGGAGACAACACUGCCGCGUGGGACCAGCUGAGGAAGUCUAUCAUUGGCAUGAUGGAGUUCAGUCUCUUUGGAAUAUCUUAUACAGGAGCAGAUAUUUGUGGGUUCUUUGGAAAUGCCGAAUAUGAGAUGUGUCUUCGCUGGAUGCAGCUGGGGGCCUUUUACCCAUUUUCCAGAAACCACAACACCAUCGGGACAAGGAGACAAGAUCCUGUGGCCUGGAAUUCAACCUUCGAGAUGUACUCAAGAAAAGUCCUUCAGACCAGAUACGCCCUGCUGCCUUACCUCUACACUUUGAUGCAUAAAGCUCACGUUGAGGGCAGCACUGUCGUCCGACCCCUUCUCCAUGAGUUUACAAAUGACAGAGUGACAUGGGAUAUAGACCGUCAGUUUAUGUUGGGUCCUGCUAUCUUAAUCAGCCCCGUGCUGGAAAGUAACACUUUUGAGAUCCAAGCUUAUUUUCCCAGAGCCCGUUGGUACGACUACAGCACGGAAUCUGGCAAUGCGUCAACAGGUUACUGGAAAACCCUGGAGGCUCCCCUUGACCACAUCAACCUUCAUAUCAGAGGAGGCUACAUCCUGCCUUGGCAAGAGCCUGCAAUGAACACUCAGGCCAGUCGACAAAAAUUUAUGGGAUUGAUUGUUGCUUUGGAUGACAAUGGGAAAGCUGAAGGUCAGAUAUUCUGGGACGAUGGACAAAGCAUUGAUACCUAUGAAAAUGGAAACUAUUUCUUGGCAAACUUUAUAGCAGCUCAGAACAUAUUGCAAAUCCAAACCAUGCACAAUAAGUAUUUGAGUGACUCAAAUCCACUGAAAGUUGGAUAUAUUAAAAUCUGGGGGGUAAACUCUACUUAUGUGACACAAGUCACUUUUACUUAUGACAACAAGCAAUUCAUGGAGAAGAAUUUCAAGAGUGACCCUUACAAUCAGAUACUAACAAUUCAUUUGACUGACAAGAUUAUCAACCUGGAAAAACUAACUGAGGUUACCUGGAUAUACGGUGGCCCUAUAAUUUCCACUACACCUAUGACAAGUACCUUCCCGACAGAGUCUCUACAUCCUUCUACAGUUACGACUAAGGCUACCACUUUUGAAACUGUUAUCACUAGUUCUGCGAGUACUACUACGACUCUUCCUAUCACAACCACUCCUUUCCCAACAAGUACUAUGGAAGAUACAACAAAUACUACUAUUACUAAUAGCACUACACCAUCCUCUACAAGUACCCCUACUGCUAGCACUAGUACUCUUCCUAUCACAACCACUCCUUUCUCAACAAGUACUAUUGAAAUGACAACUAGUACUACCAGUUCUGAUCCCACUACACCAUCCUCUACAAGUACCUCUGCUGCUAGUCCUAGUACUCUGCCGAUCACAACCACUCCUUUCCCAACAAGUACUACUGAAGUGACAACAAGUACUGCUGGUCCUGAUACCCCUACACCUGCCGCUACAAGUGCUACUACUAGUAUUAGUACUCUUAUCACAACCACUCCUUUCCCAACAAGUACUAUUGAAGUGACAACUAGUACCGCUGGUGCUGAUACCACUACACCUGCUGCUACAAGUACUACUACUAGUAGUAGUCCUAGUACUCUUCCUGUCACAACCACUCCUUUCCCAACAAAUACUAUGGAAGGUACAACAAGUACUACUAUUACUAAUAGCACUACACCAUCCUCUACAAGUACCCCUACUGCUAGCACUAGUACUCUGCCGAUCACAACCACUCCUUUCGCAGCAAGUACUAUUGAAGGGACAACUAGUACUUCUGGUGCUGAUACCACCACACCUGCCCCUACAAGCACUACUACUAGUACUACUACUCUGCCUAUCACAACCACUCCUUUCCCAACAAGUACUAUUGAAAUGACAACUAGUACUGCUGGUCCUAAUACCACUACACCUGCUGUUACAAGUACUACUACUAGUAGUAGUACUAGUACUCUUCCUGUCACAACCACUCCUUUCCCAACAAGUACUAUUGAAGUGACAACUAGUACUGCUGGUCCUGAUACCACCACACCUGCCCAUACACGUACUACUACCAGUAAUAGUACUGGUGCUCUGCCUAUCACAACCACUCCUUUCGCAACAAGUACUAUUGAAGGGACAACUAGUACUGCUGGUGCUGAUACCACCACACCUGCCCCUACAAGCACUACUACUAGUACUAGUACUCUGCCUAUCACAACCACUCCUUUCGCAACAAGUACUAUUGAAGUGACAACUAGUACUGCUGGUCCUGAUACCCCUACACCUGCUGCUACAAGUACUACUACUACUACUAGUACUAAUACUCUUCCUGUCACAACCACUCCUUUCCCAACAAGCACUAUUGAAGUGACAAGUACUACCAGUUCUGAUGCCACUACACCAUCCUCUACAAGUACCCCUACUGCUAGCACUAGUACUAGUCCUUUGCAAACAAGUACUAUUGAAAGUACCACUCCUUUGCAAACAAGUACUAUUGAACUUACAACUAGUACUACUAUUACUAAUACCAUUACACCUUCCCCUACAAGUACUAUUUCUAAUACUACGCUUCCUAUUACAACCACUCCUUUCCCAACAAGUGCUAGCGAAGCUACAACUAGUACUUCUGGACCUGAUACCACUACACCUGCCCCUCUAACUAUGAAUGCUAGCACUAGUACUCUUCUUAUCACAACCACUGCUUUCCCAGCAAGUACUAUUGAAUUUACAACCAGUACUACAUAUCCUGAUACCACGACACCCACUCCUACAAGUAUGACUGCUAGUACUACUCCUCUUCCUAUCACUCCCACUCCUUUCCCAACAAGUAUUACUGAAGCUACAGCUAAUGCUACCUAUUCUCAUGUCACUAUACCAUCCUCUACAAGUAUUCCUACUGCUAACACUAGUACUCUUCCUGUCACAACCACUCCAUUCCCAACAAGUACUAUUGAACUUACAACUAGUACUAUUAUUCCUAAUACCACUACACAGUCCCCUACAAGUACCACUGCUAGCACUAGUACUCUUCCUGUCACAACCACUCCUUUCCCAACAAGUACUACUGAAGUUACCACUAGUACUACCCAUCCUGAUACCACUACACCUUCCCCUACAACUACGGCUAAUGCUACUACUACUCUUCCCAUUGCAACAGCUCUUUUCCCUACAAGUACUAUUGAAGUUACAACUAGUACUACUAUUCCUGAUACCACUAUACCAUCUGCUACCAGUACUACUGCCAAUACUAGUAGUAUUCAUCCUAUCACAACCACCCCCUUCCCAACAAAUACUACUGAUGCUAGCACCAAUACUAGUGUUCUUAUUACCGCUACUCUUUCCCCAAUAAGUACCGAUACCACUACCAUUAAUAAUAGUGUUUUAAUUACACCCACUGCUUCUCCUAUGAAUGCCGGUGCUAAUACUACUAACAACAGUUUUCCUAUUACAACUCCUUUUUCUGUAAGUACUUAUGAUACAAACACUGCUAUUGCUAUGGUAACGACUUCUUUUACAAGUACUGAUGUUGCUAGCGCUGGCAACCACACUCCUAUUACCAGUUCUCCUUCCCUUAUGAUAUCCGGUGGGAAUAGCACUAGCAUUACUAUUCCUACAACGUCUACUCCUUCUUCUACAGAUAUUUAUUCUCCUAGCACUAGUGUAAUAGCUAAUACCACCACCAACACUGUAAACGGUACAGGGCAUGCAGUAAAUAUUACUGAUGCAGAUAACUCUAACAGUGUUCCAUAUAACACUACCCAUGUUUCUAUUCCAAAUGCUACAAUGGCCUCAGACACAUUAAUGACUGUUCUUCUAGACACAGCAGCUCACAAUCAGGUAACAGCCAACUCUGCAGUUAGUUAUUUACCUAUUGUUGCAACUAAUGCUACCACAGAUAGUAGAAAUAUUACCAUAUAUGCUUUAAACACUACCAUUCUUGAUAGAACAACAAUGGAUGCUUCCACUCCUGUAUCUACCUACACUGCAAACACCGUAAAUGCUACUCUAGUUCCAUGAUUACUACUUGAAGCAGGACAGUUACUAUGGACAUCUCUUUAAAAAAACUAUUACAGGGGCACCUGGGUGGUUCAGCUGGCUAAGAGUCUGACUCUUGAUUUCAGCU